ACACGAGUUUAAUUCAGGAUGAUGAUUCUUCAACAUUCCUGGGAGGGCACAAUUGCCAUACAUGCUUGGGAUGUAAUUGUUUGAAACCUCUUCCUCUUCUCCCGCAACACCUGCAUACAAUGAAGAUUUGCAGAAUAUUUCGUGGAGUAUACAUACUUGUCAAGAUAAUUAGGGCGAUGACAUGUAACGAGGGAUUGAGCAACAAUUUUGAAGCGACCAUCAUAUCCCAACAUUUGAAGUUGGAGGAGCUUCCGGAUCGCCUCAUUGAUUAUUAUUCUCUCUGGCCUUCUAAUAUUGAGUUUGACAAGGAUAAGGUGAUCCGAUUAUGGAUUGCACAAGGGUUCUUUGAUUUUGAGUAUGGGCGGGGAGUGGAGAUUGUGGCUAACAAGUAUUUCGAGGACAUGCUUAAGGUGAAUCGUAUAGUGCAAUCAAGAUUUGAUAUGGCCAACGGAAGAAUAAAAUACAAAGUUGGGUCCUCAUGUUCAAACUCAUGGGUACAAGAAGCACAAUUGAGUGGUAUUGCAGAAGUCCGAAAUUUAUUCUUACUCUCUGAGAGCUUUGGAAAAGACACUCUCAAAACUCUCCAAAAAUUCAACCAGUUGCGCACCCUUGUAUUGUCCUAUCGCCAUGAACAUUCCAUCAAGCGAGUACCUGAUCAUCUCUUUCUCAAGAUGCAACACUUGAGAACUUUGGACUUGCAUGCGACUAACAUAACUGAGUUGCCUAAUUCCAUUAGCUAUUUGUCAUCUUUGCGUUAUCUUGAUCUCUCCGACACACCUAUUAGACUCCUUCCUGAAUCUAUAGGUAGGCUUUGGUAUUUACAAAUACUAAAGUUGGAGCGAUGUUCUAAUUUUUCAAGAUUACCAUACUGUACUAGCAAGUUGGUUAAUUUGCGCCAUUUGGAUCUUAACAUUGUUGGCCGACUAAGGUCAAUGCCAGUUGGAAUGGGUAAUCUGACCCGCCUUCAGACACUUAAAGGGUUCAUUCUUGGCAAGGGGGAAGGCUAUGAUGUGAGAGAGUUGAGGCAGCUCACUGAUCUUUGUGGGUCAAUUCGGAUUUCAAGACUUGAGAAUAUUUCAAGUGUCGAAGAGGCUAGAGAAGUUGAGUUAAACAAGAAACAUCUCGAUAAGUUGGAGUUGCAUUGGGAACAUCAUCAAGAUGAUUUCCCUUUUUUAGUUGAUGAGAUAUUGGAAUAUCUUCAGCCUCAUUUGCGCCUCAAAGAGUUACAGAUAUCUUUCUAUAGUGGCUCUAGAUUUCCUACGUGGAUGAGUAAUUCGUAUUUGUCCAACAUUGUGAGUAUCACUCUCUUGGAGUGUAAAAGUUGUAUCUACUUGCCAUUCCUUGGAGGUUUACAGUCACUUAAGUCUCUUUUCCUUAUUCACAUGUAUGGGGUAAGAUCUAUUGAUAGUCGCUUUUGUAGAUAUGGGGGGAGUCGAGUAGGACCUGCAUUUCCAAAGCUUGAAAAAUUAAAAAUUGAUGGAAUGCCAAAACUUGAAAAAUGGACAGGCGUGAAGAAUGGGGAUUUUCCAUGUCUCCUUCAGUUAUCAGUGAUAUGCUGCGCUAAACUUGUUGCAAUCCCCAUGCUUCCACUUCUUAGCGCUCUCAAAAUUUUGUAUAUUUCUUAUUGUUAUGAGCUUCAGUCAUUUCCUAAGGGAAAACUUCCAUCAAAGCUGGAAUCUCUUGCUAUAGCAGAUUGUCCACUAUUAAAGAAACGUUGUCUUAAACUUCAAGGAUGGCAGAUUCUUAUAUCUUCAGGUUCUCGUGCAGACCAACCUGGGAAUUCAGCUGGUUUAGGUAUUUCAUCAUUUCGUUCAAAUUUUCUCUUUUGUAGACCUACACUUUCUUAAACUAGUGAGCUAUAUUUGAUGAAAUAAAACUAUAUAGAGGAUACUCUCUAGAUGUAAAUUUGGACUCAUGUUUUCAUCGAAAUUUCAAUAUACUAACGUCACAAUACUAGCUUGGAUUUUUACAUCAUUUUUUGCCUUUUUACAUGUUGGUAAAGUCAAAGGCGGAUCCAUGAUUUAAACUUUAUGGGUUCAGAUUCGCAAUGCUGCUAUAACUCAUCUAAUUUAAUGAGUUCAAUAUUUAUUAUUUAUACAAAUUUAAUGAUAUUUUGGGCAAAAAUACAGGGUAUGAGCGAAAGCUAUGGGUUCAAUUGAACCCAUAGCUUCAACACUGCAUACGCCUCUGGGUAAAGUCCUAUUUAUGUAGUCUCUAUCAAUGCGCUAGCAGAUCUUGAAGGCGUCCUUAUUAUCCUGAAUAUUAGUAGCCAGGCAGUUUCACUCUAGAAGAAGAGAAAACACCUAUUACGGGAAAUCAUACAGAAUAAGAAAACAUGUAUUAGUGUUGAUACUGCUCUUGAAUGUUGCACUGUUAAAUCUUUUAGAUGCAGUUUCAGGAGCUAAAAAAUCUACGAGUUGUUCACUGAAGUACAUACUAUAAGUUAGACCAGCAAAAAAGAUAUGAAAGACAUCUUACUUUUAGGAGACUAUUUGGCGAUUGCAUCAAAGCAUCUAAAAUACACCAAAAGAUAUUCAGGACAUCUCUAGCAACUUUACAAUGGAGAAGAAGAUGGUGGGCGUAUUCAGGUUCUUGCUGACACAUGAAACACGUGUUGCACAAAGGAAAACCUCUUUUACAAAGGUUAUCUUGUCUCAAGCAGGCCUCCAGUAUAGCUGUCCAACUAAAGCAUGUUAUAGUUUUCAUGUUCGGAUUUUUAGGCACACCCCUAAAUUGUUAUAUACAAAAGAUAUAUAAAUUUUAUA